GUAACUGAGACGUGAUGGCAACUACUGGGAAUCAUGGACUGUGAUAGUGUGGCCAUUGAAGUUGAAACUUUGCUCCAAUAAAAGACUGUUGCAGCUGAUGGCUUUUCCUUGAUAUCCCAGUACAUUUCAACUUCAUCGCCAUGGGUGUGCAAGAGGACCUCAACGCCCUCAAGAAACAGAGGGGAAUUGCUAAAGGAAAGUUCACCAGGAAGGUAACUCUAUGUAAAGAAGGAAUAGACAGAGGUGAUGAUCUAUUUGUGUUGAAGACUAACUAUGAGGAAGUAAUAGAAGCAUUUAAGUGUUUAGAGUGUAAGAAUGAUGAACUGAUACAAUUUAUAUCUGAUAAUGAGGAUAAAUUAGAAAAUAAAAACCUGGAAGAAGAGGCUGAACAAUAUAUUUUAGAUAGUGAAAGAUUAAAGAAUGAACUGUGUGCUAAGAUAUUCAUGACAAAGAGUGAGGAGAAGGCAACAGACAAACCAAAGGUUAAGGUAAAGAGAUUUGAACCUCCCAAGUUUGAAGGUAAUUUAAGAGAAUAUCCUACAUUUAAAGAGGAUUAUAAGAACUUGGUUCAGAGUGAAUAUGGUACUGAUCCAUAUGCACUCAAAAUGUGUUUAGGUGGGGAGGCACUUCAGACAGUAAAGGGCUCGGAAGGUAAUUACAAUGAAAUGUUUAAGCGGUUGGAUGACAAAUUUGGUAACCCAAGGAAAAUUGUAGACUUGGUGAUAAGUGAUCUCAAAUCUCUGAGGAAGAUAUCAGAUGGUGAUACUAAAGGGUUUAUUAAAAUGGUUGAUCAGGUUGAACAAUGUUGGUUAGAUUUAAAAAGGGUAAAUCUAUCUGAUGAACUCAACACAGCUAAUGUUGUUAGCCAUAUUGAGAAAAUUCUGCCUUCACUACAAAAGAGAGAAUGGGUAAUUAAAGCAAGUGAUAUCUCGGUCACUGGUGAAUUGUUUUCUGAGCUGUUGGGUUUCUUGCAGAAAGAAAGGAAGGUUUUAGAGUACAUGAAUUCAAAUGUAAGAACUAGUACUAGUGAUUGUAGAGCAACAGUACAUCAUGUUGAAAAUGUGGUCGAAAACAAUUCGGAGUCAGAGUUGGUUAAGCUGAUGAGAAAAUUGAAUGAAGAACAACAGAGCAAGAAUAGAGAAUUUGAGUCAUGCAUUGUAAAGUUGAAUGAAAUGAUAAAGGGUAUUAAAUACAAGGAGAACAAUAUAAGUAUAGGUUGUUUAUUACACAAUUCAGAGAGUCAUGAUAUAACAAAUUGUUUCAAGUUCAAGGACUGUAAUAGCAAAGAAAGAUUUGAUGUGAUUAAGAGGAAUGGUAUAUGUUUUAGGUGUUUAAAGGGAUAUCAUUCAGCACGUGGGUGUAAUGUAGGCAAAUUGUGUGAUGUAGUCAUUGAAGGCCAAGGAUCAUGUAAUCAGAAUCAUCAUCCACUUUUGCAUCAAGACAGAAUAGAAAGCAGUUCUCACAAUGCAGUAAUGGAGAAGAGAGGCAAAGCUUUGUUGAAUAUUAGUACGGUGCAUAGUAAAAAUCUGCCCAUCACUAUAUUGUGGGAUCCGGGUUCAGAUACUUCUUUAAUUACUCAUAGGAUGGCCAAGAAGUUAGGAUUGAGUGGAAAGGAUGUAAAAUUAUCUCUGGUCAAGGUAGGCAACACGAUUGAAUAUCAAUCAAGUAAAACAUACUGUGUACCAUUAACUGAUAAGAAUGGUAAAGUUUGGAAUGUGGAUGCUGUCGGUAUGAAUGAAAUAUCUUCCAAAAUCAAAAGGAUUGAUUUAUCCAGAUUACCUGAACUUUUUGUAAGAAUCUCGAACGUAGAGGUGGAUCUCCCAUAUGGGGAAAUUGAUAUGCUCAUCGGUACAGAUUGUUGUGAAAUACUGCCAAGGGUUGUUGAAGACAAUAAGGGCAUUCAGUUACUGGAAAAUCAAUUUGGGUUCAGCAUUCGAGGUAGACAUGACAAGAUUACCAAUGGAUCUAACACCAGCAAUCAUAUACUUGUGAGAACUCAUAAACUGUCUAGUCUCGUAGAUUUGAAGGAAAGUAACAUAGAGUCAACAGAUAGCUUAAAGACUAAAUUGGAUAAAUUCUUUGCCAUGGAGGAAAUGGGAACAAAAUGUAAGCCACAGUGUAUAAAGUGUGUGUGUCGAGGAUGUCCUGAACCUAAUUGCAUAAAUUUAAAAGAAGAAAGAGAACUAGCAUUGAUUGAGGAAGGAUUGUUAUAUAAUGAGGAGCAGAAAUGCUGGCUAGCAAAGUAUCCAUGGCUAAGGGAUCCAAUGCAUUUGAAAGACAAUAUUAAAGUAGGUAAUGCUAGAUUAAAAACUACAGAGAAUAGAUUGAAGAAACUGGGCAAUGAAUAUGCCAUGAAGUAUCAGAGAGAGAUAGAAGAUAUGAUUCAUAGGGGAGUGGCGAGGAAAUUAACUAAGGAAGAGAUACGAGAAUAUAAGGGGCCAGAUAUCCUGAACAGCUUACUGGGAGUUUUAUUUAGGUUUAGACAGAAUAAUAUAGCUAUAGCAGGCAACAUAGCUAAAAUGUACCAUACUGUCAAGCUCAGCACAGUGGAUGAACAUACACACAGAUUUGUAUGGAGGGAUGUGGAUGACAAGAAACCACCUGAUCAGUAUGCUCUUACCACAGUAACGUUUGGAGAUAAGCCUAGUGGUACCAUAGCUACGCUAGCGUUGAGACACACUGUAGAGAAAUUUGGCAAGGAAUAUCCAGAUGUGCAAGAUAUGAUUAUUAAUAAUACUUAUGUUGAUGACAUACUAUAUUCCACUGAUACCGUUGAGAAUGCAUUCAAGUUAAUACAGGAUGCGGAGAAGAUAUUGUCUCAGGGAAGUUUCAGAGUUAAACAUUGGAUUGUCAGUGGGCAUUAUGAAAGCUGCAAGGUCAAUGUGAUAAAAUCUGACCAUGAGAAGAUCUUAGGAUUGAAAUGGAACCCGUUGGAGGAUCAUUUUUUCUUUACGGUAAAACUUAAUUUUUCUUCAAGAAUAAGAAAGGUCAGAAGUGGUCCAAAUUUAAAUUCAGAUGAAAUUGAUGAUAAAUUUCCAGAACAUUUAACACGCAGAAUGCUAUUGAGUCAAAUUGCAUCCAUAUAUGAUCCAUUAGGGUUUGCUGUACCAGUAUUGCUCAAAGCUAAAAUUUUGAUGAGACUCGUGAUUUCCAAAGGUGAAUCGAAAGAUGGCGGAAUCAAGUGGGAUGAUACACUUGAUGUUUCCACGGUUAAGGAAUGUAAGAUGUUUUUUAAGGAAUUGUAUGAGUUAGAGAGAUUGACUUUUAGAAGAUCCUUGAUACCAUCCAAUGUAGUUGGUAAACCAAGUUUAAUAAUAUUUUCGGAUGGUAGCAUGCAAGCAUACGGAGCUUGUGCAUAUGUGAGGUGGCAAAUUGGUGAAGAUGAAUUUGAGUCACAUCUGAUAGCAGCUAGAAAUAAGAUUGCACCAAUAAAGCAAAUGUCAAUUCCUAGGUUAGAACUAUGUGCAGCUCUUAUGGCUGCUAGAUUAAGAGAAUCUAUAUUUGAGGGAAUUUACCACAUAGUUAACUCAUCAAUUGUAAGAUCACAAAUCCAAAAGGAUAAGUUAACUGACAGAAUUGGUAUUAUCAUGACGGUUAAUAAUGCAAGUCAUGAGAAUGGUGAUAUACAAUUAAUUGAUGUUAAUAGGUAUAGUGACUAUUACAAAUUGUUGAGAGUUACAUGUAGGGUAAUGAAUGUAUUCAAAUACAAGUCUUUCAAAGGUAUUCUAAGAAGCCCCACAGUUCAAGGGAUUACAGAUGCAGAAAUAUUAUGGGUCAAAGAAGUGCAAAAGAGCAUGACUGAUUGGGAAACAAGGUUCAAAAGAUUGGGACCAUCAAUUGAAAGGGGAGUUAUAGUAGUAGGACAACGAAUUUCUAAGUGGUUGAAAGACAAUUGGAAUCAAGAAAAUUUCAUGUUAAUACCGAAUAAACAUCCUGUUACUAGAUUGUACAUAUCCUGUCUACAUAAAGUGGAUCAUGCAGAUAUAGAGACUACAUUGUGUAAGAUACAGAGGAAAUUUUGGAUUCCGGGAGCUAGAAAAUUAAUAAGAACCAUAAAAAAUAAAUGUGUAACAUGUAGAAAAUUAAGUAAGAAAGUGGAAGAUCAAUGCAUGGGCCAAGUGAGGGCAGAAAGGAUGAAACCUGCUCCACCAUUAUAUCAUACAGCAGUAGAUUUGUUUGGGCCCUUGACAAUAAGAGAUGUUGUUCUAGUGCAAGAUAGCAAUAUUGUAAGGAGAACAUGGAAGCUGGCUCAAGUAAUUAGGACUGACCCAGGACGAAAUGGAAUAGUUCGUGAAGUUAAUUUAAGAUAUAAAAUAAUAAAGGAUGGCAAAGGGCAUGAUGAUGAGGCGAAUAAGAUCAUGUGUAGAUCAGUACAUAGAUUAGUGAUGCUGUUGCCUAUAGAAGAACAAGUUUAAGCAUAUGUAACUUGUCCAAUGUAAUCUAGUCCACGGUAGUCAUUGUGAAGGGGGGGGGGGAGUGUAUCAUUAGCAUGAUAGGUAUAUGAAAAUAGGAAUAUUUACGUUUAUUUGAUAUUACGGGUGAGAUGUUUGUUGCGCAUCUCGAGUAUUUUUUGUUUA